CCAAACGGACAGACAAAAAAGGGUCUCUCAAGUCUCAGCUUAGCUUACAUUGAGCGAGAAAGCAAAAGAUAAAAAACAAGGGACAUGGCCGGACGAAGCCACGCCUCGAGAAUAGACGACUCUCGCCUCCGUGAGGUCCACCAUUACUCCCUUUCUAGUAGACCACACCACUCACGCUCCGUCGUCUUGGAGGACCGCAUAGCCAUCCAGCACCGCGAGAUCCAAUCCCUCCUCGAGGAGAACCAAGGGCUCGCCUCCGCCCACGUGGCGCUCAAGCACGAGCUCGCCGCGGCCCAGCGGGAGCUCCGCCUCGUGUCGGCCAAGGCGGCCGAUGUGAAGGCCGAGAGUGACGCUCACGUGCGGGAGCUCUACGAGAGGUCUCUGGUGAUGGAGGCCGAGGUACGUGCGAUCGACGCGAUGAGCGCCGAGCUCGCUCAGGUGCGCGCCGACGUCCAGAAGCUCGGCCCGGCGCACCAGGAGCUCGUGGCAGAGUUUCGAGCCAUCGAGGACGAUGUCGCGAGGGCACGCUCGGAGGUACAGCAAGUCCGGGCGAUCAAGUCCGAGAUUGAGACCGCGCACAAGGAGAUUCAGAGAGGAAGGGCUGCUAUCGAAUACGAGAAGAAAACACGCGCUCAUAACCUUGAGCAAAGACAGUUGAUGGAGAGACAUCAGACUUCCAUGGCUGGUGAAAUCGAAAGACUACGAGCAGAGCUGGCGAAUGCAGAGAAGAGAGCAAGAGCAGCAGCGGCAGCAGCCAAUGCGGCAAACCCGAGCACUGGAUAUGCUGCAGGCUACGGCAGUUCUGUUGUGGCAUAUCAAGGAAUUUCAUAUCCUGACCGUUAUGGCAUGGAUCAGAGACUGCAGCAUGUGACAUACGUGAUGAGGAUGGACUAGAUAGCAAUCUUGGGCCUUAGUGCAUUUUUACUAUACAAGUUUUGGGUCCAAUCGAGAGUAGCAUUUUGUUCUGACCAGGUUUGGGUUGGAUGGCGUAUGUGCCCUAUGUGUAUAUAGUCAUGACCCAUGUAAUUAGGAUGACAGGAUUGAAUGUGGAAAAGAUGUAUGUUUUGAACACUUGAUGUAAAUAGUUUUGAAUGAAUGUAUAUAUGUGUUUAUGUUGUAGAACUAUGGUGAUUUAUUUACGUGAUAAUAUAGUUCAAUAUAUAUUUGGUGAUU